UUGAACAUCAACAUAAAAAAAAGUAAACAUGUGAAUGCAAACAUAUGGUUAACCCAAAGAAUUUGACUGAUAUUAGUUUUUAAUUAAAUUACAAGAUGCGUAGUUAUUGUUGUAUACCAAACUGUAAUUCCAGUAGUGUUGAUAAAGAGCCUGGAUUAUCAUUUCAUGAAUUUCCUACAAAAAACCAUUUCAGAAACAGGUGGUUAAAAGCUAUUAAAACACGAGUAGCAUCUGAUUUUCAGUUAGAUGAAAAGAUCAAAACCAAAAUAUGUAGUAAACACUUUAAAGAAACAGAUUUUUCCCCAAUGUGUAGUAAACGAAGGCGUUUGAAAGGAUGUGCUGUACCAUCGUUAUUUCCUGAUCCGGAAUCUGUCACCAAUGUUUUGGAAUUAGAAAUAGUGGUCAAAAAGGACGUAGAUGAAUCUCAUAAUUCUUCUAAAGAUGAUGAAUUACUAAAUCAUUCCUUCGAUACAAAUGUAAAUCGUUUAUUUAGUGAAAAUGAAGAUAUAUCUAAUAUCAGUUUUGAAACGCAUGAAGAGCCUGACAAUUGUACUUCAGAGUUAUAUCAUUCUGAAAAUCUUUCAGAUUCUCUAAAUCUAGAAAUGUCUUCACAACCAAACUGUAAGACAUCUGAAUUAGAUGUAACAUCUAAAAACAAUAACAUAUGCCAUACAGAAAUACAGAAAAAGUACUUGUUAUCUAAUGAUUUUUUGAAUACUGUAGAUGGCCUUAAAAAAAUAUCAGCACAGGAAUCAAAUCUUUGUGAAUUUACAAUUUUUGGACUUUAUGUUGCUUCCCAAUUGCAACAAAUGCCUUUGGAAGAUGCCUAUAAAUUAAAAGAGAAAAUUCAAAAUAUUUUAACUCAAUCUUGUCCACAGUCUCUAAAAGAGCCUUCUUUUUUUUCAUAUACACCUCAAAUCAGUUCAGAUAGGAAAAAUGAGAAUACUUGUUCUGGUUUACAAGCUAAGUCACUCAUUAUUAAAAACAAUGAAAAAGAUAAAAAUCAAUCAAUUCAACAUCUAUCAUCUUAUCCUGUUAUUUUACAAUCGUUUGUUUUACCAUCAACGGCAAUAAAUACCAAUGUUCCUAUAGAGUUUAUGCGCUAGAGAGCUGUGUGACCAAGUAUGGUUUAUUUUUAUUAUUAUAUCUUGUUAUGUAGAUUUUAUAUAGAUAGGUUUAUUCUUUAUUUUAUCUCUAUCCUCUGAGAAAUGUAUAAAGUAUGGCUUACUGUAAAUUUUUCUGAUUAAUAAUAAAUUGCAUUUUAAUUUC